AUGAGGGAUAGCAGUGCUGUGGGCAGAGCAUUUUUAGUCGAGGCAAUCAGACAAUUUUCCGUCCUUGAUGUGGGCUCAGCCCCGGUGGUGCGGUCUGGGGGUGUCCUGACCCGGGCCGGCUGCGGGCUGGCGCCGCUUGUGCCGUGCGAUGCCGGGAGGGCGGAUAUAUCCCCGGGGAUCAAUUACCGGCCUCCCGCUCCCCGCGUCCCACGCCCCGACGGGAAGCGCUGCCGCUGCGCGUCCGCACCCCCUUGGCCCUUCCCCUCGGGGGUGAUGCUCGCUGUGUCCCCGGCCGGGCGAUGCGCCCCGCGGGCGGGGCAGGGCGGUGCCGGCGAGGCGGUGCCGGUGCCCGGGGCGGUGCCGGGGACCCGGGGGCUGGAGCGGCUUGUGCCGCCGCCGCCUUCGGCCCAGCACAACCGCUGGAAGUGGCGCAACAUCUGGACAUCGCUGGCGCACAGCGUGCUCAGCGGCGGCGGGGCGCUGGCCGGGUUCUACCUCCACCCCGAGUUGUCACACGACCUGGUGGGCAAACACCCGCCCGGGGCGCACAGCCUGGUCGCCGUGUCUGUAGGCUAUUUCCUCGAAGACUUUGUGGAUAUGUUGUGCAAUCAGAAACUUCAUCAGUCCUGGGAGCUGCUGUUUCAUCACUCUGUGGUGAUCAUCUGCUUUGGUAUUGCUGUGCUGCUCCACCAGUAUGUGGGCUUCGCCCUCGUGGCUUUGCUGGUGGAGAUCAACUCCAUCUUCCUGCACCUGCGGCAGAUCCUGCUCAUGGCCAACCUGGUGCACACCACCUGCUACCGCCUCAACAGCCUCAUCAACCUGGGCACCUACGUGGUGUUCCGCAUGGCCACGCUGGCCUGGAUGUCCCGCUGGCUCUUCCUCAAUCGCCACAACGUGCCCCCUGCCGCCUACGCCGUGGGCACGCUGGGCAUGGCAAUCAUGACCCCCAUGAACAUCAUCCUCCUCUACCGCCUGCUGCGGAGUGACUUCUUCAAAUCCAGAGGGGACGUGCGGCGGGAGAAGGAGGAAUAGCCCCCUCCCCUGUGAGGGGGGCAGUUCCAAGCUCAUGGAGCAAGUGGAGGGUGAACUGGCUGUUUCAGUACCUUGCAAGGAGGGGCUGCACUAAUAGAGCAUCCAGGCUUUUCUUGUGGCUCAAGAUCCUGGGCCCUGCACAGCAGAGGAGGUGCUCGUGGACCAGGCACUGUGGCUCUGCUCCCCAAACACUUGUGGAUGAUGUGGUUGGACGACUGGGAGCUGCUCCCUGAGGCACCACUGAGAUGAGAAGGGGGCAAAGCAGCACAGUUUCCCCACUGCUCUUCCAGACAUCCUGACACCACAGGGUGUUUCCAACCCCUUUGGUGCUGCAGCCCCCAGAAUCCCAUCAGCCCUGGGACACUGAGUCACUGACACAUCUCCUAUGGGAACACCACCAGCAAGACAGGCUCCAAGGCUUUGCCUUCGAGGUGAUGGUGAGAUGAUGAACUGAUGAACCCUCCCUGAGGAGAUUGUCCCAGGCUGAGACCUGGCUGGGGGGCAGCUGCCCACUGUGGGGUGCAGGUCGGGGGCAGCCCCAACCUCUCCUGACAACUGGAGCUUUUCCCAUGUUUUUUUGUCCCCAGAUAAUUCAAGUGCCCAUAAAUGAGCGUGGGAGAGCACGAGUGGCUGGCGGGAGGAUGCUGUGUGAUGGUCACUUCCCACAGAUGUGGGG